CAGUCACAAAGAGCAAAGAGAAAUUGGGUUUGAACAAGAGCUGUUAUAUCCAAGUUCUCAAAGAAGUGGUUCUCAAAGAAGUGAAAGCCCAGAGACCACGACAGAUAUUCUCAUCCCCAAAGAAACCAAAAUGCCGCCAGUCAUGCUAGCUGCAAGGGGAACAAGGGAGCCAUUCAAAAAUGCUGCCGGCCAGAUAUACUGUGAUCACCCAGAUUGUCACAAGAAUAUCCCAUACUUCAAGAGACUCAAUGAGUGGAACAAGCACAUGGAUAAACAUGACUGUUCAUACAAGUGCACAAACCCAGAUUGUAAUAAGAGACUAGAGUUUAUCUUCUCAGAUGGCCUGUGCUGUCAUCAACAUGAUGUUCAUCAAAUGAACAGAAAGAGGAAAAAAAAGGGAAAUCUCAAGCUGCAUCUCCGCCUUCAUUGCAGUGAAUCUCUUCAUGCUGAAAUUACUCAGCUUCAGUGGGAAGUUAAGGGAAUAAAUUCAAGACUGCAUGAGAUGGAAAUGGAGCUGAAACAGUUGAGGCAGCUGACUGGAAAAGACACUCACUUCACACUUUCUUCUUCUGUUCAGCUUCCUUCUUGUGUGGAGCUUGAAGCAGGAAUUUCAGGAAAUUGAUUUCACAAAAUCAAACUGCACAGAUUCAAGGUUAUUGAAUGAUGAUUAUGAUUUGAAAUAUGUUGACAGCCUGUAUUUACUCUUCUCUAUCUGAUGCAAGGCCCUGUUUGAUUUUCUGUUGUACAUGUACAUGCGUCGUUUGUUCGUGGUUGAUAUAAAUCAAAGGAAAUUGAUUGAUUAUCCAGAAAUAGAACAUCCUUGCUUUGCGCCAAUGAAGAAAUAGUGUAUCUGGAAAAUUAGAAUUUCUGGAUGCUGAGUGAUGAGUGAUGAAUUCUAACCCAGCUGUAAGAUGCUAUUCAUUACACUUCCUUCAGACUGCAAAAGAGCUUGAACCUGAACUUUGACAGUCAAAUCUAAAUAUGC